AUGUCAGAUCGAUUGACUCGUAUAGCUAUAGUAACCUCAGACAGAUGCAAGCCUAAGAAGUGCCGUCAAGAAUGCAAGAAGAGUUGCCCCGUCGUCAAAACUGGGAAACUGUGUAUCGAGGUGACUCCGGCUUCGAAGAUAGCUUUUAUCUCAGAGGAGUUGUGUAUUGGAUGCGGUAUCUGUGUUAAGAAAUGCCCGUUUGAAGCAAUUCAGAUCAUUAACUUGCCUAAGGAUUUGGAUAAAGACACAACCCAUCGUUAUGGCCCCAAUACCUUUAAAUUGCACAGGUUACCAGUUCCGAGGCCUGGGCAAGUUCUUGGCUUGGUUGGAACAAAUGGUAUUGGCAAGUCCACUGCUCUCAAAGUUCUGGCUGGAAAACUCAAACCAAAUUUGGGUCGUUUCAAUAACCCUCCUGAUUGGCAGGAAAUUUUGACUUACUUUCGAGGAUCUGAACUUCAGAAUUACUUUACCCGUAUCCUAGAGGAUAAUUUGAAGGCCAUCAUAAAGCCUCAGUAUGUUGACCACAUUCCGAGAGCAGUUCAAGGCAAUGUCGGGCAAGUGCUUGACCAAAAAGAUGAGAGGGACCGGAAGGCAGAUCUUUGUCGUGAUCUUGAACUGAACCAGGUCAUAGAUCGUAAUGUGGGGGAUUUAUCAGGUGGAGAGCUCCAAAGAUUUGCUAUUGCUGUUGUUGCAAUACAGAAUGCAGAGAUAUAUAUGUUUGAUGAGCCUUCAAGUUAUCUUGAUGUCAAACAGAGGCUCAAAGCUGCCCAAGUUGUUCGAUCUUUGCUCAGGCCCAACAGCUAUGUAAUUGUGGUGGAGCACGAUCUUAGCGUCUUGGAUUAUUUAUCGGACUUCAUUUGCUGCUUGUACGGGAAACCGGGUGCAUAUGGAGUGGUAACCCUUCCCUUCUCUGUGAGAGAAGGUAUCAAUAUAUUCUUGUCUGGGUUUGUUCCUACAGAAAAUCUACGAUUCCGGGAUGAAUCUUUAACCUUCAAGGUUGCUGAGACUCCACAGGAGAGUGCUGAGGAGAUUCAAACAUAUGCACGAUACAAAUACCCAACCAUGAGUAAAACUCAGGGCAAUUUCAAGCUUCGUGUCGUUGAGGGUGAAUUUACUGACUCUCAGAUUGUAGUGAUGCUAGGUGAGAAUGGGACAGGGAAGACGACAUUUAUCCGCAUGCUGGCUGGUUUAUUGAAACCUGAUACUGUAGAAGGUUCUGAAGCUGAGAUACCUGAGUUCAAUGUUUCUUACAAGCCCCAGAAGAUCAGUCCCAAAUUUCAAUCCAGUGUCAGACAGUUGCUGCAUUCUAAGAUACGUGAUUCGUAUAUGCAUGCUCAGUUUGUUUCAGAUGUCAUGAAACCACUUCUUAUUGAGCAAUUGAUGGAUCAAGAAGUAGUAAAUCUGUCUGGUGGAGAGUUGCAAAGAGUUGCAUUAUGCCUAUGCCUUGGAAAGCCAGCUGACAUUUAUCUGAUAGAUGAACCGAGCGCGUAUCUGGAUUCAGAGCAGCGUAUUGUUGCUUCGAAAGUCAUCAAGAGGUUUAUCCUACAUGCAAAGAAGACUGCAUUUGUGGUGGAGCAUGAUUUUAUAAUGGCAACAUACCUGGCUGAUAGAGUUAUCGUGUAUGAGGGAAAGCCUUCUGUGGAUUGUACUGCAAAUUCUCCUCAGUCAUUAUUGACUGGGAUGAAUCUCUUCUUAUCUCAUCUGGAUAUCACAUUUAGGCGAGACCCCACUAAUUUCCGGCCAAGAAUCAACAAAUUGGAGUCGACUAAGGAUAGGGAGCAGAAAUCUGCUGGGUCAUAUUAUUAUCUGGAUGAUUGA